AUGGGUGCUGAAAAUGAGACUUGUGAACAUUGGGUUCAAAUGUUCGACCAGAUCAAUUAUUUUUUCCGAGAUGAACAAGUCAUUAAUGGGACCGAAUACGCAUCGAAAGAGCUGGGGUACGUUAUAACAUGCGCUUAUUUUUUUGUCAUCCUUUGCGGGGCCUUUGGAAAUUUUUUGACAAUCCUAGUAGUCAUACCUAAUCCAGCUAUGAGGACGACACGGAAUUUCUUCAUUCUCAAUUUGGCUCUCUCCGAUUUUUUUGUCUGUAUUGUAACCGCACCAACUACACUUUACACCAUUCUCUACAUGUUUUGGCCGUUUGGUCGCACAUUAUGCAAAAUUGCUGGAUCACUUCAAGGAUUCAAUAUUUUUCUAUCAACUUUCUCCAUUGCUUCUAUCGCAUUGGAUAGAUAUGUUCUAAUUAUAUUUCCGACGAAGCGAGAAAGACAGCAAAAUCUUUCCCUUUGCUUCAUCAUCAUGAUUUGGAUUACCUCUAUAAUUCUUGCUGUUCCACUAUUACAAGCAUCAGACCUCUACUCUGUGUAUGAAGAUAAGUCUUGUGGAAUUUCGCUACACAUUUGUCACGAGCAAAACGAGAUCUGGGAAAAGAUGAUUAUUUCUAAGGCAACUUAUACACUAGCUGUUCUCAUAACUCAAUAUGCCUUUCCUCUGUCCUCUCUCGUUUUUGCUUAUACAAGAAUUGCUCAUAGAAUGAAGCUUCGAUUUGCUAAUCGGGCUCAAAGCUGCGCUAAUGGAAUUGGAACAAGUCAACGAAGAAGAUCUGUUGUCGAACGACAACGGCGGACCCAUCUUCUUCUGAUGUGCGUUGUCGCUGUUUUCGCAGUCGCUUGGCUACCGUUAAACGUGUUUCAUAUAAUUAACACGUUUGAAUUGGUUAGCAAUUUUUCUGUAUCAACAUUUGGUAUUUGCCAUUUCCUGGCGAUGUGCUCAGCGUCAUUAAAUCCGUUGAUCUACGCAUUUUUCAAUCAAAACUUUCGAAAUGAGUUCAUAAACCUGUUUGACAAAGUUGGAUUACGAUCGGUGCGAAUUCUAUUGUUCGGAGAAGAUUCCAGCGACAAAAAAUACACAGUGGGCGAAACGACGACGAAACAUUUCUGCAAGACAAUGACGACGGACCAAAGCUUUAACAAAAUCACGGAACACUCGGCCCUAAACCCAGCUGAACACGACGAGCAGCUUUAA